UUAAGUAGGGAUAACACAGGGCUCCUAGCUCUCUUUCAUUCAGUGCGUACAUUCCCACCCAUAGGUAAUCCAGGCACCAUGCUACGAGUGAGAUGUGUAAGAGGAGGAAGCAGGGGAGCUGAAGCUGUUCAUUACAUAGGAUCCAUGCUGAGUAAAGGCCUCGUUGGGUGGGUGCAGCGAACUUUCCAAAGCACCCAGGCAGCUGCAGCCACCCAGAAAGACUGCACUGCUGAUGAAACAGGCCCCCAUGACAGUCCUGUCUGCUCUUACAAUGAGUGGGACCCAUUGGAGGAAGUCAUUGUGGGGAGACCAGAAAAUGCAAAUGUUCCUCCAUUCACAGUCGAAGUGAAGGCAAACACCUAUGAAAAGUACUGGCCUUUCUACCAGAAGCAUGGAGGCAAUAGAUUCCCUCAGGAACAUGUGAAGAAAGCCAUUGCAGAAAUUGAGGAAAUGUGCAAUAUUUUACGUCAUGAAGGUGUUAUUGUACAGAGGCCUGAACUGAUCGAUUGGUCAGUUCAAUACAAAACUCCUGAUUUUGAAUCUACAGGUCUGUAUGCUGCUAUGCCUAGAGACAUCCUGCUGGUUGUUGGUAAUGAGAUCAUUGAAGCCCCUAUGGCAUGGAGAUCCCGCUUCUUUGAAUAUAGGGCCUACCGCCCUCUAAUUAAAGAUUAUUUCCGUCGGGGGGCAAAAUGGACCACUGCACCUAAGCCAACAAUGGCGGAUGAGCUCUAUGACCAGAAAUACCCUAUUCGUACUGUAGAGGACAGACACAAGCUCGCUGCUCAAGGGAAAUUUGUUACUACAGAGUUUGAGCCCUGUUUUGAUGCUGCUGACUUCAUGAGAGCUGGAAGAGAUAUAUUUGCACAGAGAAGCCAGGUGACAAACUAUCUUGGAAUUGAAUGGAUGAGCAGACAUCUGGCACCCGAGUACAAAGUGCAUGUCAUCUCGUUUAAGGACCCCAAUCCUAUGCAUAUUGAUGCAACCUUCAAUAUCAUUGGACCAGGACUUGUGCUCUCUAACCCAGAUCGCCCCUGCCAUCAAAUUGAUCUGUUCAAGAAGGCUGGCUGGACUAUUGUCACUCCCCCCACUCCCCUCAUCCCAGAUGAUCAUCCUCUAUGGAUGUCAUCAAAAUGGCUCUCCAUGAAUGUAUUAAUGCUGGAUGAGAAACGUGUUAUGGUGGAUGCCAACGAGACUUCCAUUCACAAGAUGUUUGAGAAGUUAGGCAUUUCCACCGUUAAAGUGAGUAUUCGCCAUGCGAAUUCAUUAGGAGGUGGUUUCCACUGCUGGACCUGCGAUGUUCGUCGCCGUGGAACCCUGCAGUCCUAUUUCAGCUAAUACAAUAGCUGGAAACUUGCAGUAAAUCAGCUUUUUAGCAAUUCAAUAUGUAAGCAAAGCUAGUAUUACCAUGUAGUCUCUCAGUGUGACCUCCUUGAAAUUGUAAACUCUUCCGACAUGGAAGAGUAUACCAAAAAUGUGAUUCUUUUUGCCCUCCAAAUUAUGCUUUUUUUUUUAAGCUCAAAAUUACUUUGUGAAGAAACAUUUUUUCAAAUGUUACAUUUGCAUUUAUAAGCAUCAGUUAUUAAAUCUAGUAGUUUGGGACUGCAGGGUGACAAGGAGAACGGGUGCACUAAUUUUACCUGUCUACCUCUGUCUUAUCAUAAAGGCAGCUUUGAAUGUACCAUGUAAUUUCCUUCCCUUUUAUCCAGUAUUCUCUACUGGCUACACAUACAGUAGGCAAGUUAUUUUCAAAGGGUCAUAGACAGUGAUCCUAAUGCAUUCUCUAAUUGUAUUUUU